UACAGAGAAUUCGGCUUUCUCCCUACUUGAUGUGGGGGCAGCUACGGCAUCUUCCCUUGGCCUGACGAGGGUUACUUAGCGACAGGAAGUUAUGAAAAUGAGGAUGAGAAUGAUAAUACGGAGGACAGAUCAAAGGAUCCCAUAUCCUUUCAGCCCAUGGGAUCAGAGCGGAUGGAGAUGCGAAAGAGGCAGAUGUCGGUGCAGCAGGAGUCGGUGGCGGGCACCAAAGCACCGGCGCAGAACGAGCAGCCUGGCCAGGGGAACCGUGGCUCCAAUGCCUGCUGCUUCUGUUGGUGCUGUUGCUGCAGCUGCUCCUGGAAUGAAGACAGAGAAGAGAGGAACCGGAGAGCCUCGUAUGAUUUUAAAGCAGAGGGGAAUGCGGACUUCGAAGAAAGUCUGAAACCGACUGCGGAGGAGGUCCUCUUGUGGGGGCAAUCUUUCGACAAACUGAUGCACUGCCCCACUGGAAGAAGUGCCUUCCGGCAGUUUCUGCGCACUGAGUUCAGUGAGGAAAACAUGCUCUUCUGGUUAGCCUGCGAGGAAUUCAGUAAGGAAACCAAUAAGAGCGUCAUCGAGGAGAGGGCGCGGAUAAUAUAUGAAGACUACGUCUCUAUCCUCUCACCCAAAGAGGUGAGCCUCGAUUCUAGAGUUCGAGAGGUUAUAAACAGGAACAUGUUGGAGCCAUCAUCCCACACGUUUGACGAUGCCCAGCUCCAGAUAUACACACUAAUGCAAAGAGACUCAUAUCCGCGAUUCAUGAACUCGCCGGUCUACAAAACCCUGCUCAAGACAGUCCCUGAGCAGCUGGUGGAAUCUUAGAUCUCUGUGAUCCCGGUCGAAUGCCCCCUCCCUAUCUUUUGUUUGUUACCUUUUCUUGUGUAGAAUAUGUUUAAAAGGACCUCAGCGUGGGUCUUCCCAGGGAUUUUACCGCUAUAGCGAUCUGUACCUGAAAAAAAGACGCUCAGGUCUCCAGGUCACUGGAUUAAAAAAAAAAAUUAUUGUCUCAAAUUUCCUGAGGGCUCAACACCACAAGUACUGCUACAGAUCAGUAUAGCAAACGAUGCUCCAAAGGAUUAUCAGUGCGUUUAGAUGUUUUAAAGAAAAUAAUCUAUUUUAUUUGUGUUGAAGGUUUUUUUAAAUUGUUUUUAAUUCAUUUUUUUUGUAUCAAUGUUCGAAGGAAGAUGUGAUACCAAUCGUGGGCUAUAUACAGUAUAUACAGUAGAUAUAUUUAUGAAUUUAUAUUACAUUUCUUCAACCUUUUUUUUCUCGUGUUAUAAUAUUUAAAGAAAAGGGAAUUAUGGGUAACAAGAAUUGCCCGCUUAUGAAAAAUGCGUAUGAGAAUCAAAGCUCAAGUCAAGGCAACACUUCAGCUCUACUCACGGGACCGCCCUGUUGUAAAAAGUAUUGUUUCAGCUACUUUAUCAAAUAAUUCCUAUUAUAAUGACUUGGCAUCUCCAAUGAGAAAUCAUCAUUAUCAGAAUUUUUUUUUUUUAAAGUGUAAUCAAAGAGAUAAUUAUUGUAAGGGGGAAAUAUAUUAUAUUAAAAAAGGUUGCACUGUAUCAUGGAUAAGAAAUAAAUAUUAUCAUAAGGAAUGAAACGUAUUUAAAUCAGUAUUCAAAAUCAAAUAGCAUAUAUCAGACAGCUUAGUACAGUUAUUUUCUCUGCCUUAUGUACUGCUAGAAAAUAUCAAGAAUUUAUUUACAGAAAUAUCAUCAAUCUAUAAGUGUUUUUCUGUAUCAUAGCUUUCAUUUAUUCCCAUGCUACAUUCAGAACAAGCAGCUAAGAGUUGGUUGGGCAUGGCAACUAUUCCUUGCAUGUACCCAAAGACACUAUAAAGACUGAAAGCCUCAUUUGUGUACAGUACUGUAUGUAGAGGUAGUAAUAUUUUUUACUAAUGACCUCAAAUAGAAGAGAUUUAACAUGCAGGUAUUAUACCACAGUAUCAAAUGUGCUUUAGAUCUAAACAUGAGCCCUGAAUGGGAAGGUGCAGGUUUUAUUGCUAGGACCCUCAUAAGUAGAUGACACCAAAGUAGCCAAGUCCAGUAAAACUGUGCGAUUAGCUUUCUCUCCAAUACAACCAUCUAGAAUUGGAGCUGCCAAGUUCUUACUAUAUUUUUAGUUCUGUGAAUUACUUUGUUGCCUGACUUUCAUGUCGCUCAAAGACAAGAUCCUCACUCGGGGAAGUGCCUUGACAUUCAAUUUUGUGGCAUCUCUUUUUUUGGCAAUAGUUGAUUUAAACUCUUGCCACAUACAGUACGUAGACUCUGGGCCUUUGAUCAGUUCAUGAGAUGACUUGUCCUGCACGGUGACGUCUGAAUUGAACUAUUGCACUUCAUUUGCCCCUAGUUUGGGAGCAAAAAACACCAUUGGUUUUGUCAAGUGCUGAAGUCGCACAUUUAAGAAAGUGGGUCUGUUUGUCGGUUAGUCAGGUACAAUUCAUUAAGAUUAUUGAUCUCAGUCCAGACAUACAUCUACCAACAUGUAUUUCAUGGUGGUGCUUCUACUUGUCUUAGACUAACUUAAUAUGAAAUGUGCAAUUGAUAUGUGCAAUUUGAGCUGAUGGAUUCACCACAUAGAUCAACCUCAAACACAAUCGAAGCCAAUGGUUUGGAGUUAUACUGCCUAUAAAUCUUUUUGUCUUUCUCUCUCUUUUUUUUUGUUUUGUUCUGUAAAGUAUA